CCGCGCCCUCCCCGCCGCGCCAUGCCGCUCCUCCUGCUCCUCCUCCGUCGGGGUGCCCUCUUGCUCUGCCUGACCGUCCUGCGAGGGCUGUGCGCCCCGGCGGAGACGGAGCUGGUCACCCCCAUCCGCCUGGACCCGUCCCCGGAGGGCGGGCGGCCGUAUUUCCAUGGGCCCCCCGAGGGCGCCCCCGUCGGGCAAGGAGCCACCUUCCAGAUCACGGCUUUCCACCAGGAUUUCUACCUGCACCUGCGCCCCGACGCCCAGUUCCUGGCGCCCGCCUUCGCCACGCAGUACCUGGGCAGCGCCCCGACGGCGGGGGCGGCUGAGCAGGAGGGAGACCUGCGCCGUUGCUUCUACUCCGGGGACGUCAAUGCGGACGCGGACUCUUUCGCGGCUCUGAGCCUCUGCGGAGGGCUGACGGGGGCUUUCGGCUACCGCGGCGCCGAGUACCUCAUCCGCCCCGUCGAGAACGGCGGCGGGAACCGGGCGCUGUGGAGCGGCCCCGGGGAGCACCUGCUGCAGCGCCGGAGCGUGCCGGGUCCCGCCGUCCCCACUUCCCGCUGCGGCGUAGGCUCGGACUGGAACCCGGCCAUCCUGCAAGCCCUGGAGAAGUACAAGGGGGCCCCCGGGGCCCGACGGGGCCCCCGCAACGGGACGGGCCACGCGCCGCCGCCUCCGCCGCCCAGGGCCAAGCGCUUCGUCUCUAUCCCGCGCUACGUGGAGACGCUGGUGGUGGCGGACGAGUCCAUGGCCAAGUUCCAUGGCGGCGACCUGCAGCACUACCUGCUGACCCUCAUGGCCACGGCGGCGCGCCUCUACCGGCACCCCAGCAUCCAGAACCCAAUCCAGCUGGCCGUGGUCAAGUUCCUGGUCAUCGGGCAGGACGACAAGGGGCCCAAGGUGACGAGCAACGCCGCCCUCAGCCUGCGCAACUUCUGCGCGUGGCAGAAGAAGUUGAACAAGGGCAGCGACAAGCACCCCGAGUACUGGGACACCGCCAUCCUCUUCACGAAGCAGGAUUUGUGUGGUGCUACCACCUGCGACACCUUGGGCAUGGCAGAUGUCGGCACCAUGUGUGACCCCAAACGUAGCUGCUCUGUCAUUGAGGACGACGGCCUCCCCUCUGCUUUUACUACAGCUCACGAGCUAGGGCACGUGUUCAACAUGCCCCAUGACAACGUGAAGGUCUGUGAGGAGGUCUUUGGAAGGCUGAGGACCAACCACAUGAUGUCGCCCACUCUUAUCCAGAUUGACCGCAUCAGCCCUUGGUCGGCUUGCAGCGCAGCCAUCAUCACCGACUUCCUGGACAGCGGACAUGGCGACUGCCUCUUGGAUGAACCCACCAAGCCCAUCCCACUGCCCGAAGACCUCCCUGGUUCCAACUACAACCUCAACCAGCAGUGUGAGCUGGCCUUUGGCACAGGCUCCAAGCCCUGCCCAUACAUGCAGUAUUGCACCAAGCUGUGGUGCACAGGGAAGGCACGGGGACACAUCAUGUGCCAGACGCGCCAUUUCCCUUGGGCGGAUGGCACCAGCUGUGGAGAAGGGAGGUUCUGCCUGAAGGGUGUCUGUGUCGAGAGGCAUAACAUCAGUAAGUACCGGGUGGAUGGCAACUGGGGGAAAUGGGCGCCCUACGGCCAGUGCUCUCGGACCUGUGGCGGGGGAGUCCAGCUGGCAAAGCGGGAAUGCAACAACCCACCCCCUGCCAACGAAGGGAAGUACUGCGAAGGAGUGAGAGUGAAAUACCGCUCCUGCAGUCUGGACCCCUGCUCUGAUUCAGUCCCUGGGAAGAGCUUUCGGGAAGAACAGUGUGAGGCUUUCAAUGGCUACAACCACAGCACAAACCGUCUCACGGCCACAGUCUCUUGGGUCCCCAAGUAUUCCGGAGUGUCUCCUCGCGACAAGUGUAAGCUGAUCUGCAGAGCGAAUGGAACUGGGUACUUCUACGUCUUGGCUCCUAAGGUGGUGGACGGCACGCCAUGUUCUCCAGAUUCCACCUCGCUGUGCGUCCAGGGCAAAUGUAUCAAGGCUGGAUGCGAUGGGAGACUGGGCUCCAAAAAGAAGUAUGACAAAUGCGGUGUGUGUGGCGGAGACAACAAGACCUGCAAGAAGGUCUCCGGCUUGUUCACCAAACCCAUGCAUGGCUACAACUUUGUGGUGCUCAUCCCAGCUGGAGCUUCCAGCAUUGACAUCCGGCAGCGGGGCUACAAGGGCUUGGUCAGUGAUGACAACUACCUGGCUGUGAAAAACGGGCACGGCAAAUACCUCCUGAACGGGCAUUUCAUCGUCUCGGCAGUAGAGAGGGACCUGAUGGUCAAAGGGAGCGUGUUGCGCUACAGCGGUACCGGGACAGCUGUGGAGAGCCUCCAAGCCUUUAUGCCCAUCCAGGAACCAUUGACGGUGGAAGUGUUGUCUGUGGGGAAGAUGACCCCGCCUCGGGUCCGUUACUCUUUCUACUUGCCCAAAGAAAGCAGCAGGGAGGACAAGUCCUCAUACCGCAAAGAUGGGAAGCGCCCGCCGGUCCUCACCAACAGCAUCCUCACCCUCUCCAACCGCCUUGAUCCCGGCAGACCGGAUUACAAACGCCCCUCUUACAAGUGGGCCACCACCAGCUGGGAAGACUGUUCAGUCACCUGCGGCAAUGGGCUGCAGAAGCGCAUGGUGCAGUGUCGCGAUGCUCUUGGACAGGCGGCCUCUGCGUGCGAUACCACUCAGCGGCCCACUGACAUCAGGAUAUGUGGGGACCCCUGCCCGGUGUGGGAGGCCUCCUCCUGGUCGCCGUGCUCGAAAACAUGUGGCCGGGGUUUCAAGCGACGCAUGCUGAAGUGUAUGGGCAGGGGGGCCGUCCUGCUGCCCCGUGACCGCUGCAACAUCAGGAAGAAGCCACAGGAGCUGGAUUUUUGCACCCUGAGGCCGUGCUGACCGGGCUGGACCCUUGUAUUGACCAAGGCCUAAUGUGCAUAAUUCUGGCUCUUGACGACCAAGUGGCUGAAAGUGUAAAAAAAA